AUGGAUCAAGCUGUGGCUUCAACAUUCAUGGCUCAAGCUAGAGCCACGGUUUUUAAGACAUACAACAUUGAGGGUACAAGUGACUCCUCCCCAGACACAUCAAAUUUCGGUACCAAAUUACUUACAACUAGGAACACAUCUGAUUAUAAACCAAAUGGUGGAUUUGUUGCUUAUGCAUUAGAUCCAAAAGAACAGCAAGAAUUUUUAAAUUUUAUAACUGGACAAUCUAAUUCCCGUACCUUUAAUAGCACUAUAGCGUGCAUGCAACCAGUGCAAACAUGUAAAAUCGGUCCUGUCACACCCUAUGCAUCUAAAAUAUUUUGUGUUUCAGCUUUAAAUCCAAAUAAUUCAACAAACAACAAAUUGUCUAUCUCAAUUGAUUUCACAACAGUAACUUCGAAAGAGACAUCUAUUCCAUCAGUAACGUCAAAAGGGAGAUCUAUACAAAGUUCACCAAUGGCAUUAAUUAUAAUAUCAUUAGUGAUUUUUUACUAUUUAAAUCCUUUCUUCUUUUAA